AUGACGUGUGUGCCGUUCACAAACACUGAAAACACAAAACCGGGGGUCACGGACCGUGUAAUUCGUAUCACAAAUCACUUCUCUAGGGUGGAGACGCUCCUAGCCGAGCUUAAAGCGGGCGAAGAAAUCAAAUGCGACGCUAGAGUCGUAUUAGACAUCGUAUUGCGAGGCACAGAUCGUCGAUCAUUUUUAAGACCGACGGAGUCCAUGUAACGAGGAGGAGUUCACAACUGCGAGAGCGACUAGUUUAAGGCGACAACAAGAUGCGCUGCGUGGUGUUAGCCCCUCUCUUCUUCGUUUCUUUGUGGUGCGCCACGGAAGGUAUUAUUUUCUCAAUGCUAACCAAAGGAAAGCGCAUUAAGAGAGCUGGUGCUGAUCGCGCCGAGCAAGUCCCUGCACAGAGACUCCUUUCAGACUUGACCAAGCAUCACCCAGAUAGGAACAUCGACAAACGAGACGGAAAUUUGGACGACACUUACCACCAAGGGCUCUUUACCGAUGGGUCUCAGGUAGAUGACGUUAACUCGAAGGACGCCGCCGAGAUAGCUGAAGAAAUGCGAAGCCGACUGAAAAGUUUCGAGGCAAGACGGCAAGGGGAGGCGGUGAAGAGCGUUCUUAAAGAAGAUGACGACUUAUCGUUGCUGGACCAGAUCGAUAGCGUUUUGGGGGCACCGCUUAAGAAAGCACUCUUGGAGGUGUUGGAUAAUGAAAUUAAAGACACGGAUAAACCUAGCACCACAGAGAAAAAAUCUAACAGUGAGAAAAUCGAUGACAAAAACAACAAAGACUAUCCGUUUUAUCCCGAGAACUCCAUUCCAAAUCAGAACAGCGAUGACACGGUUAAAACCUCCAAAGUGGACACAGCAACUCGGAACUUGGCGAGUUUCAAAACUGGAGUAGGAAAGAGCCGUCCUCGCACUCGUGUUUUGGUGGCAGCCAGCGCCCCAUUGGCAGAUCGCAACGCCGUGCAAAAGAAGGGCGAGAUGUCAGCUUCGCCGUCGCAGCGACAGGCAUCAACAGCGGCAAAGAAUCCUGGUUCUGAUAGCUUCAUCGCAGAGAAGGAGACUCAGAAACCUCAAACACGGUUCUUAGUUGCGCCUGAUCGCGCUACGGAAGAGAACAGAAAUGAAAAUGAUGCCGCUGUUUCUUCGCAACACCAACAGCAGGCUAAGGUGGUUGACAAAAAGGAAAGUAUUUCAUCAAGUCUCGCAACUAGAGGGCAGAUGUCGCACUUCCAGAUGAGAUAUUUAGUCGCUCCCGAUGCUCCAAUCACCGAAGAGAAGGCGAGAAAGCAAGAAGCGAUGGCAGAUCACAACGCCGUACAAAAGAAGGAUGAAGUGUCAGCGGCUGGUAGCUUUGUCGCAGACAGAGAAAACCAGAAACCUCACACACGGCUCUUAGUUGCGCCUGUUCACGCAAAAGACGAGCACAGAAAUGAAAACGCUGAUGCUGAUGUGUCUUCUCGUCAACAGACCCAAACAGCUGUCAAAAAGAAAAAUACUGCAUCAAACAAGAUUUUUCGUCGCUCCUGA